AGGUUCUAAAACGGAGAGGCUCCUGUUGCUAGGCACAUGAAGCUAGAACUUACUCCAUGAGAGACAAGUGAGGAAUUUAUAUUCUCUUAUGCAUCCUCAAACAACAUCCUUUGUUCCUGAGAUAAGAUGUACAAAUGUUUUGUGAGCAAGACAAUCGCAAAAGAACAUGGGCAUCACCUCAUCUGAUGCCCUGCUGCUCUGAUGACUCAACUCUGUCAGAAGACAUACCAUUAAAGACCAGUGCUGCCUGCAACAGACACAGUGAGGACUGGGAGAGCAAGAAUUUGUCAAGCCCCUCCUUUGUCUCUAAUAGGAUAUAGUGACUGUGGAUAAGGCCCUGGUCCGUGAAAGAAACAUGUUCCUUAAGUUCUGCCUGUGGAAGAUGUUCUUUCUCUCUGCAUGGUCACCAACUGGACAUGCUAAGUACAGUAGCCUUCCAGAAGUAGUGAUACCCUUGAGGGUGAAGGUCACUGGCAGAAACAAUAUUAGCCCAGGUUGGCUGUCCUAUAGCCUGCACAUUGAGGGACAGAGACACAUAAUCACUAUGAAACCCAAGAAAUACUUGAUAUCCAGAAACUUCUUAUUACUCACUUAUAGUGACCAAGGUGAUCUCCUUGAAGAACAGCCUUUUGUGCAGAAUGACUGCUACUACCAUGGCUAUGUGGAUGAAGACCCAGAAUCCCUGGUCAUCGUUAACACCUGUUUUGGGAGUUUGCAAGGCAUACUAGAGAUAAAUGGCACAACUUAUGAGAUCAUGCCCAAGAGCUCAACUUCAACAUUUGAACAUCUGGCUUACAAAAUGGACAGUGAGGAGUCAGAAUCAAUUCCCAUGAGAUGCGGGUUAACUGAAGAGGAAAUAGCACGGCAAAUGAAGCUUCAAGAAAGAGAUGCCUCAACACUUUUGCAAAGGAUCCCAUUUUUUUAUUGGUGGACCCACCACAGGUUUAUUGACUAUUUUGUAGUAAUAGACUAUAAACUAUAUGUUCAUAGAAAUAACAAUAACACAGUUUGUAUUCAAGAUAUGUUGGAAAUGGUCAACUUAAUAAAUGGUUUUUAUCUUCGAGUAGGUUUGUACGUGGUUUUAACCAAACUUGAAGUGUGGAGCCAAAGAAAUCUUAUCAAUGUAGAAAAACACGAGGAUACUGUCCUAACUGAUUUCUGCAAUUGGAAGCGAGCCGCAAUUGGGAAAGAAAUUAGAUAUGAUAUCAUACACCUUGUGGUCAGACAUAAUUAUGGUAGAACUUUAGGGAUAGCUAGUAUAGGUACCAUUUGUAACAUUAAUAACUGUGGACUUAACACUUAUAUGUUUGAUAAAGUGUUAGAUGUCGCAAUCGUUACAGCACAUGAGAUGGGUCAUAACUUGGGUUUGUAUCAUGAUAAAAAGGAUUGUUAUUGUGGGAGACGAAACAAAUGCUUAAUGUAUGCCUAUAAAACAGAUUACCCCAGAUUCAGCAACUGUAGUUAUAAUUAUCUGUAUUCAAACCUUUAUCUAAGAACAUGCUUAUACGAUACCCCAGAAACACUAGUAACAACAAACCUGACCAAGUGUGGGAAUAACUUGGUUGAGGAAGGAGAGCAGUGUGAUUGUGGGAGCUCUGAAUCCUGUUCAACAGAUCCAUGCUGUAGCGAGGACUGUGUUCUCAAACCUGGUGCUCAAUGUGCUUCUGGGCUUUGUUGCCAAGAUUGCCAGUUUCUUCAAACAGGCACCAUGUGCAGAAAAGAGAAAAAUGAGUGUGACCUUCCAGAGUGGUGCAAUGGAACUUCAGCUGAGUGUCCAGCAGAUGUGUAUAAAGAAGACGGAAGCCCUUGCUUGUGUGGUUAUUGCUAUAAGAAGGAGUGUCGUCAACAUGAUGAACAGUGUCGGAAGAUUUUUGGCAAAGGAAGUCAAAGUGCAAGUGGAAUUUGCUACAUGGAAAUAAACACACUGGGUGACCGUUUUGGUAACUGUGGUAUGGAUACCUAUAAAUACAGAGUAUGUGAACUCGCUGAUGUACUCUGUGGGCGAAUUCAGUGUGAGAAUGUGACAGAACUUCCCCAAAGGAGAAACCAUGAAACGUUGCAUUCCACUCACUUCAGUAAUAUCACCUGCUGGACUAUAGACUAUCAUUUUGGGAUAACCAUAGAUGACAUUGGAGCAGUGAACGAUGGCACAGCUUGUGCUCCACAGCAUUUAUGUAUUGACAGAAAGUGUGUCCACCAGUCGAUUCUGUCAAGUAACUGUUCAAAAACCUUUUGCCAUAUGCAUGGACUCUGCAACAAUAAACACCACUGCCAUUGUGAUGUCACAUGGGAACCCCCAGACUGUCGACAACGUGGCAAUGGAGGUAGUAUAGACAGUGGACCAGCUCCUGUGCAUAGUGGGCCAGCUCCUCUGCCUACUGGACCAGCUCCUGUGCCUUGCAGACCACUUCCUGUGAUUAGUAGACCAGCUCCUGUGCCAAGUACACCAGCUCCUGUGCCUAGUAAACCAGCCCCUGUGCCAAGUAGACCAGCUCCUGUGCCUAGUAAACCAGCUCCUGUGCCAAGUAGACCAGCUCCUGUGCCUAGUAAACCAGAUCCUGUGCCAAGUAGACCACCUCCUGUGCCUAGUAGACCAGCUCCUGUGCCAAGUAGACAAGUUCCUAUGCAUAGUAAGCCAUCUCCUGUGCCUUUAUCUCCUUUUAAUUGGAGUGUGUUCUUCAUAGCUUUUUCAGUUAUGUGUGUGCUUGGCUUAAUUUCUUUGUACAUCCUUUUUGAAUUAAGGAUAUUACCUCUAAAAAAAGUUGUGCCAAACACAGAAUCUGGUGAUAAACAUCUUACCUAAAUAACUGAAUUUAAGGUCUACAAACUUGCAAAACCUGAAGAAGAUACCACACAUAAAAAAAUAAAUAAAAAUAAAAAAUUUUACUAUAAAACUUCUUUCAUGUAUUUCUGAAGACUUUUUAACAAGUGUCUUUUUCUGUCUGUCUCUCUGUCUCUCUUUCCUCUCCCUACUCUCUCUGUCUCUCUGUCUCUCUCUCACUUUCUCUCUCUCUCUCUCUCUCUCUCUCUCUCUCUCUCUCUCUCUCUCUCUCUCUCUCUCUCUCUCUGUGUGUGUGUGUGUGUGUGUGUAAUCCCAGGCAAGAAGUUCUGAAUACUCAACCUUAUCUUAGGAUCAAAUGUAUUCACCAACAAAUAAAAGGUAAUCCUACAC